AUGAGUACUCCUGUCGGUUUCAACACUUCCCAGUCGCAACAGCACACUUCACAGCAACAGUCACAAAUAGUAAGACCUAUGGGGCACAGUCUUCAGGGCGCUCCACAGAGCCAUCCUCUAUUUUCACGUCUCGAAACACUCAUCCAGACAAUUGGUGAUGCCGGCCAAAGAGAUGAUCUCAAGUUGAAAGCUUUACAGGAAAUAAGCAAUAGUUUUGAAGAAAUGGCAACUACACCAGCUUUCCAAAUAGUGCAGGAAAACCUGUUGCGCACAUUUUUGAAAAUUUUUCAAGAUACUGUACCUCAAUUUAUUGGAGAAAAUAACACACAGCAGUUACGGAAGUUGAUACUUGAAUUAAUACUUCGGAUGAACUGCAAUGAAAUCGUUAAACAGUACGCAAAACUUAUCCUUACUCAACUUACAAAAGUAAUUCAAGUUGAGAAUGAAGAAAAUGCUGUUAUUGCUAUCAAAAUUAUCAGUGAGCAUCAACGUGCAUUUAGGGCUGUCUUCACACCCGAGAUCCCGGCAAUUAUCAACCAUUUUAAAGCAUUGUAUCGUGAUAUGCCGCAGCACAUCACUAGUGGACGCAUGUUUGAGCAGCGAAAUCUUCGACAUUGCGGAAUGGAAGAUAGUGUAAUUGAAUCCUCACUUCAAAACUGUUAUAUGCCCACAAUUGUCUACCUUCCCGAAGCUUCGGGAGAUGGUACUCAGCGUGACAGUGGUUACUCUUUGAUCCCACGCGCUUCGCAGAGUGUAAAGGUUUUGUCAGAAGUGCCCAUGUUCUGUAUUAUAUUGUUUCAAAUUCAUCGUCAUCAUAUUCAGAAUGAGUUGAUAGAAAUAAUUUCGCUUAUGGUGCAAUACUGUACACUCUCAAUACCUCACGAUCAGCAAAGUAGUACUUCAUUCAGCACAGUACUGGCUGAUGAAUUUUAUAGUUCGCAAGUGCGAGCACUGACAUUUUUGGGGUUCAUCUCGUCACGUUCCGCUGUGUUCAACGUGAGCGAAGCGGUAAAUAAUCAUGGAACACAAAUAGUCCAAUCGAUAAUGCAAAUGUUGGAGCGUUGUCCACAUGAAAACUACUCAAUGAGACGCGAACUAAUUGGGACAGUGAAAAAUAUUUUUGUCACCGACCUUCAAACUAAAUUUAUUCCAGUUAUCCCGAAACUCUUUAAUGAGAAUCUGAUGUUAGGUAACGGAUUCAGUUCGAUGGAUUUUCUAAGGCCAACGAUGUAUACAAUGCUAGCAGAUCUUGUGCAUCAUGUACGCGGUCAUCUCUCUUACAAUCUGCUCUGCUGCUCAGUUUAUGCAUUUACAAAAAGUAUGUUUGACCCAGCAAUACAACCUACAGUGCAGUCGAUGUGCAUCAAGUUAAUGAUGAAUCUUAUUGAAUCAUUUGUUAUUACCGAGAAAAAUCAUCCCGAUCAACCAUGCCGUGAUAUAUUGUUUUGUUUGCUGGAAAAUUAUGUACGGAAGCUUAAAUGGUUGGCACGAUACCAAGUACCGAUAAUAUUAGAAAAAAAUGCAAGUAAUAUCAUGAAUACACCUUUACUCUAUCCUGAUAGAAGUGUUAGCACUUCCCAGUCAUCACGCAGUGAUUUUUCCUUUGCAAAUGGUAAAAGCAAAAUGGAUGAGGCAGUCAUGCAUAACAAGGUGAUUAAAGAAGAUCCAACAUCACCACUUUCCUCCGAAAGUGACUUCGAUUUCAAUACCUGGGAUAAUGAAAACGAAAAAAAUCACACUUCAUCAUCUUUCUCUCUUCCAGUAUCAACAAAGACAGGGAAGACAUCAACACCUGAAGAGAUAUUAAGCCAGUACUGGGUUACUGGUAUUCCAUCUUAUACUCUGCUUGAAUGCAGGAACAUGAUCCGAGUGCUUGUUCAAGCCUGCAAACAUGCCGUACACGCUUUGAAGGAUACUCAUGCUACAAAUCAUGCAAUACCGCCAGAUUAUGAAGCAAAGAUAAUUGAGCAGCUUUUCCGUUAUGGUUUACGAUGCCUCGAUAUAUAUGUUAUUUGCCCAAUGUCAAAUCAGGUUCCAUCAACACAGCAAAGGUUUUCAAACGGUGUACGCACAAAAGAGGAGAAGGAAGUUUUAGAGCUUUUUGGUUCCAUUUUUACAUUACUGAAUCCAUCAAUUUUCAAAGAAAUCAUAUCAAAACGAAUUGAUUAUUUCAUCGAAAGAUUGGCUUCAAAUUAUGGACUUCAAAUUAUAUGUAGUUCAUUGCUUGUCAAUUCUCUAACGUCAGCCAAUUUUGGCGAUAUUUUAAUCCGAUUCCUUAUGAAGAAAUUACCAGAUUUAGCUGAGUGUUCGGAAAGGUCUUUCCUCUGGUUAAAACUGUUCAAAAUUGUAUUCUCCUCAGUUGGUUCACAACCUUCAGGAUGCGCAGAAAAUGAACGAAUGCUUCGACCAUAUCUACAUGAUUUGGUGUUGCAUUCGAUGAAACUGGCUCUGCGAGCACGAGAACCAAUUAAUUACUUCCUUCUGCUUAGAGCGCUUUUCCGUUCAAUUGGCGGAGGAAGCUACGAUUUGCUUUACCAAACAUUUCUGCCUCUUCUGCCGACACUUCUGCACCAGUUAAAUCGUCUUCAGUCAAGUACUCAUCGGGCACAAAUGCGUGAAUUGUUUAUUGAAUUGUGCUUAACAGUACCUGUAAGGUUGUCAUCACUGCUGCCUUACCUGCCCUUACUGAUGGACCCAUUGGUAUGCGCUCUGAAUGGAAGUAGUAGUCUCAUUCAGCAGGGUUUGCGUACUUUAGAAUUAUGUGUUGAUAAUUUACAACCUGAUUAUCUUUACGAACAUAUGGCGCCAGUUCGAGCUGAACUUAUACGUGGUUUAUGGCAGUGCAUGUCAAGUCAGGAAAAAAACGCACCACAGAUUGCAUUUAGAAUUUUGGGAAAAUUUGGUGCAUCGAAUCGGAAAAUGUUAACGGAUCCUCAAAACUUGGUAUUUAAAGAUGAGCACUCGUUCGAAUCAGCAGCAUUUCAGUUGGUUUUUGAACGGCCUUCAGCACACGUUGCAUUUAAUGAAACAUUAUCGGAUGGGGCCCAGCAUAGUAGGAGCAAUCCUCAUUACUUCUGUGAAUUAAAUAUUUCGGAAGUUGUGAAAGAAUCGGUGAAACAUUUGCGUUCACCAUUUGUGGUUGAUGCAUCCUUUAUUAUGGCAACUUCACAAACAAUUCCGGGAGGAAUACGGAUUUCAUCUCUGACUAUGCGACGCCAUGCAUUUCGAAUAGUUAGAGGAGUGAUUUUGAGCGCUUUGGCACCUACCAAACGCGGAAUUUUAAACAAUCCGUUCUUCAAAAAGCAUCUUACCGGCAAACUUUUGGAACUGCGUACAAAAGACGCGAGUAGUUUUCAAUUAGAUUACCAGUGCAGCAAUCGAUAUUCACGAACUCUUUACCUUGAUGCUUUACUUGGGCUGUUUUACGCAACAGCUGCAGUAUUACAAGAAGCAACCAGUAAUGUUAUGGACUUCUUUUGCAUGGUUAUGCGGCAUUUAACAAUUCAGAUUAUUUUUGAACAGUGCCGAGAAAAAAGCGAUAUGAUUGCGGAUCGCGAUCCGAACUCCAUGGAUUAUACUGUCCUGAUUGAUAGCGUAUUGCUUGCUUUAACUGAUCCAUGUAAAGAAGUAUGCCAGACUGGCCUUAUGGCACUGAAAUUGAUCUGCGAGACAACAGUAGCUCUACUCGGUAGUAUCAGCAAAGCAGCCAACACUAUAUUUUUUCAACAAAUUUUGGAACGAGCAACUAAUCUUUGUUAUAACGAGCCAUGGUGCAUUCGUCUUGGUGGAUGCUUAAGCAUCAAAUUUAUCUUGAUGAACUUUCCGCUAGCUUUCGUUAUCAGUAAUAUUGAUACCAUCCUUUGCGCUUUAUUUGAGGUUAUUGUUGGACUUGUGGAGGAUGUUUCCAGUUCAGCUGUCGAUGUUGCAGUUGCCACAUUGGAUUUGUUAUUGAAAGUCUGUUUCGGACAAUCACCAGUUCAUGAGAAAAGGAAAGAAGCCAUUAAAUGUGUAGUUGGGCGAAUUAUUGAGAACCUUUUGAGCCCUUCACAAGUUCUUAACAAACAGUGUCAGAAAAUGCUUACGAUGUUGGCAGACUAUACCGAACUUUCACAGUGCGAAUUGCUUGCAUUACAAAAUGAGUUACUAAGAGAGUUCUUAAAAAAUGGUAUGAUAGAUCACAAAAGAAUGUCUCUUGAUCAACAAAUUAUCUUCGAGGAUGCUUUUGUUUUCAUUUUUUCCGUUCGACCAGUACCGCAGGAAUUUAUAUUGGAAAAAUUUCCGGAAAACGAUUAUGUUUCUCGGCUUUUAUCUAUUUGCAAUGCUACCGGAAAAGAAAUAAGGAACAGACCAAAUUAUAAACCAUCAAUGCGAUUCCUUGCCGUCAUGCAUCAUUCGCAACUCAAUUCACGCGUCAUCGCUUUACGACAAUCAACUAUAAGAGCAUUGGUAGCAUGUUGUAUUGCAUCUUGUGGAGAAUUAAAACAAGCAAUGGAUCAUGACCCACUGUUUCCACAUCACAAGCAAAUAUUCGAAGCAAUUUUAAAAUGUCUUACGGAAGAAAAUGAGGAGAUUCAGGAUGCUGCAUUCAGCGCAUUAAAAGAAGUUGCGUUGAGUUUAGAUCGAUUGCGAGCACAUUUACUUAAACUGGAUCUCGGGUCAAUGAUUACCGCAUUGUCUCAGUCAGACACUCGCUUACAGAAACACGUCGUUCUGCGUUUGCUGUACCUCCUACGAUUAUUUCCAGAUGUCUUCUCAGAAACAUUUUGCAAUGAUAUGCUAGAUGCUUUUCGGAAAUUUCCGGACCCUAGCCAAAAUGAUAUUAUGGUGAACGAUGUUAAAGUAGGAAGGAUAUUACUCGAAAUUCUGGCCGAAUUUCAUCUUGCUGAUGCUAGUUUUGUGCAUUUGAUUAUACCACAUGUUUGCAAGUGGGAAGCAGCUGUUGCUUUUGAGAGCAGCACAAGUUGGCGUUAUCCGCUAAUGAAAUAUUUAACGCGAUUUCCACAAGAAACUCUGCAUUUCUUUGUUACAGGCAACAACAUUUGUGAGCAGAGGAAUCGUGAACUAUUUAAGUAUGUGGUGAAGCAUGAAGAAGCAAUAGCAAUUCAGGAAAAAUUAAUGACAGACAAUAAUUUUUUACUUCGGUUGUUGCAAGGAGAAGCUAUGGAUGAAGCCGGCAAUUGGACAAAAUGUGAUUUAUCGAUCUAUGAUAUGGAAAUGUUAACUAUGAAACUGAUUGUUAGUAUCGGGAAACGUCAUUCGAAUUGGGCUGGGAACGGUGCUGGCGAAAUUGUCGAAGUUAUACAAUCAUUGUGGAAUAAUAAGGAUUUCCGCGCUCGGUAUACAUGCAAGGAUUAUUUGGAGGGGCCGCGUUAUGACGUCCCUAAACUGGCAGCUCUGAUCAUGUUGCGUUAUUUCAAGGCCAACAUUGAUCGCAUUGAUAUUCUAUUCGACCUUUGUCAUGUGUUUACGAACAACUAUAUCGGUGAUUUCACGUUUGUAAGAUUAUUUAUCGAAAAGGAAAUUAUUCCGAAAUAUCCUAUUGAAUGGCGGCAGAAUGCACUAAAACGAAUAGUUGCUAUGUUUGAAAAAGAUUCGACUACAGCUCAUGAUUUGAAUGUUGUUAAAAUGCUUCAGUAUGUUGUCAUACCUUCAUUACAUUAUGCGUUCGAGCGUUACGAUGUUGAUGUGAUAGUUGGUACACCAGCAAAACCAGAUGACGUAGAUGAUAACAAUUUAAUUUCAUUGGUCUGCCAAAAAGUACUCGAUCGAAACAAAUUUCAUAUAAGUGAUGCAAUGCUCAUUCAGUUGUUCCAUCUAGGAUGCCUAUUUGUCAGUAAUUGUCCAACUCAUAUACAUGACUUCUCACAAAAAGACUGCAGGAAGCAGGGCAAUCGUCUGCGCAUUUUAAUGCUUUUGGGUUGGCCAUGUUUGUCUUCGACACCUCAGGAUCAAACAAUGAAAUACAUGGGUCAUUUGCUGAUUGCUAAUAUUAUUAAUCAGUUUAAUAUUAAUCGAAAGAUCGUUUUGCAGGUUUUUUUAAGUCUGCUGAAAGCAACUAUGAGUGAUCCGAAAGAUAUUAUCAAGCGUUCACUUGAUAUAUUAACUCCAUCUGUACCACUGCGUAUGGAUGAUGGUCAUAAACAAUUGAUGACCGUUGUUAAGAAAACCAUUGUUGAAGAAGGCCAUAAUGUCUCACAAAUUUAUCAUUGUUUGUCAAUGAUAGUUCGUCAUUACAAGAUCUAUUACAAUGUGCGUCACCAAAUGCUCCAAGUUAUACUGAAUGGAGUUCAGCGCUUGAUGCUAGCACAGGGAACGUUGGAAAACCGACGGACUGCGAUUGAUGUGUGUGAAAUGGUUAUCAAAUGGGAGCAGUGGCGACUAAAGCAAACAGAAGAAUUGGAAAAAGGAUCAGAAACUAGUAAACAGUCACAGAUUGAGACAACAGAAAAUCCUUCAGGACACCAGCAGUCUUCGUCCUCAUGUUUAUCUCAAAUGCAAAGCAAGAAUGUAGAAAAUAUACACCGACCGAUCGAGAAAGUUCACAUGGACCAUGUUGUUAAUAUGCUUGUAAAAUUAUCGUCUGCAGUACCUGACGCGAAUCUUACGCAAAAUCCAACUCAGCAUGCUGUAGCAGUGGAACAGUUAUGCAAACGAUGCCUAGGCCUGUUGCGAGCCUGCUUGAAAAGCAAUCUUUGGGGACUUACCGCUACUCUCAGGCUCUCCUGGUUGGAGAAACAGUUGACAGUCGCUGCAGAGGCUGUAACCCAGCAAUUUCGGGAACAGACUACAGUUGCUCACCAUUUCUCACAACUGCACACAUCACUAGAUAUUAUUACACAUCUUGUCGUCAUUUUACCACAAGAAGUUAUUGUUACAAACGUGAAAAUGUUGCAACGCGGGAUCGUUGCUUGUUUAAGUUGCCAAGAUAACGCUGUAAUGCGAAGUCUUUGCCAACUUAUUUCUAAAUUGUUCGAAAAAACAAAGUGCUCACCGGAAGGAUUAGAUGAAUUGGAAACGAUCAACCAAUUUGUUACAAAAUUCAUUAACGACACAUUCACCAAUUAUGAAAAAGGACAAAGUCAGCCAAUGACUGGUGUGUUUGCGACAAUUCAUUUGUUACGCACUAUAUGCGUUGUUCAACCUGCCUACGUUGACACGAUGUGUUUGAGUUCAUUCACAAAAGCUGUCCAAAAACUUGUUCGCGAACACGUCUCUUCAUGCACUGAAAAUAAAGGACAUGCGCUGACUGAAUUAAUUAUUUUUUCACUAGAACUUCUUCGGCCUCGUAUUCACGCAAUACCACCCGAAGCACGACGCAAUAUCGGACAGUGCAUUUUAACACCACUCAUAGACAAAACGCCAUUCGAUCGUGUUCUUGACAUUGUUAUUCGUGUUGUUGACAUUAUGGUGCGUAAUGGCGAUGAGCGGCAGCUCAAUCAAGGUGUUCCCCUUUUAAUAAGGCUGGUGCAAACAAUGGAAGCGCAUAAACGUCAUGAAAAAUCGGGAGAUUUACUGAAGAUACUACUUGAAACAGUUCUUUAUGUUUAUGAAACUGCCCAUCUACGAACUAGCGAAACAUUAGCAAAACUUAAUAGUGCUUUUCAUUGGGGACUUUGUGCUCAGGAUGAGUCAUUGCGUUCUCGGUUUUUUAAGUUAUUCGAUGCGCAAAUACCAAAGAACAUUUGCGACCGAUUAUAUCACAUCAUUACAUCACAGAAUUGGGCUGACAUGCAGCAGUAUUUUUGGAUCAAGCAUUGCAUAAAUCUUUUGCUAUCAUUAAUAAUGGACGAACACAAGGACAAGAAUAGCACAAGAGUACAGAAAACAGUAUUAUUGAAUUGCUGCACUUUAUGGCAUACAUUUGAAAAAAUGCUUGAUUUGGAAACAUUACAUCGAGAUCAUCCGGAAGCAUGUGAUGAUGAUGUAUCAUGGGCAAUGGAUACAACUGAAAGCAAGCGAGACGAUUUUAUAGAGACUUCUGGAACUCAGACCCUAACAGAAGUAAGCAUACCGAUUUGUAGUACAGCAAGCACACAGGAUCUACAGACCACUUUAAUUGUCGAGCAGCAGGUGCAGUUGUUUGAAAUGGCUGCCAAAUUUCAGAUCACUGAUAUUCUUCCGAGUUAUUUGGAACUCGUACAUAGUAAUAAUGACUUAGCGUCGAAGAUCUGGAUAAAAUUAUUCUCCUCAUUAUGGUCAAGCCUACAGGAAUUCAAACAAGCUGCCCUUAGUGCCGAAAUAGUACCAUUUCUCUCAUCUGGAUGUCAUCUCGUACAAAGAGAUUUACCUCAUUCAGCAGUUGCUACUUUUCUGGAAGCUAUUUGUCGCUGUCGACCUCCUAUUCCAAUUCAUUCAAGUGUACUUAUGUAUAUUUCAAUAAGGCAUCAUGCAUGGCACCGUGGCUUGAUGAUACUUGAAGAUGAGGCAGCGAAAAUUCCUCCUUUCACGAAUAACUCAUUAUUGCUUCAAAUUUUGCAACCAGCACCCACUAACAUGCAAUUGAUAACGUUGAAUAACUUGAUUCUAUUAUAUUCCAAAUUAUCUGAAUUUGACCAGUACCGAGCAAUUUGGAAACGUCGUGCUUAUUUUGAAGAAACUUCGAAAGCUAUUGAAUAUUAUAACGAAGGUGACUUUGUACGAGCAGAAAAAACUUUAAGAAAGUCGAUUGAGGCUAUCAAUGAUCGUGUAGUUGCUCCUUAUGGUGCUAGCAGACAAUUAGACGUAACUCCUGCGCUUGGAUUUGAGCUGCGUGAAUGGCACAAAUUAUGGGCCGAUUGUGAACGUGAACUUGGUGAAUGGAACGCUUUAUUACAGUUUGGUAAUACACCUGCUGUAUACGGUCUCAGUAUUGUUGCAGAUGCAGCCUGGCAUCUUAAUGACUGGAACUUGCUUCGAGUUACUCUUACUCAAUUGGAAGGUUGCACGCAACCAGAUUUGUACUACAAAUAUUAUCUUUACAAAGCUAUGCUAAUGAAUCAUCAUCCCACACAAGAAGAUCGGGCUACGGAAUUACUUCAUGUUCGGAUCAACAGAGAAUUGGACGCGGCACGAGAUGAUUUAAUUACGGAGUGGAAACGAUUACCUGACGCUGUUUCUUUCAGUCAUGUCAGCAUACUUCAGGCUGCAAAUCUCAUUCAGGAAGUUCAGGAAGCCAGUGUACUCACUAAUCAUCCGGAAGUUAGUGGUCAAGUGUCAUUACCGUCAAAUCCAGUUGGUGAUGUGAAAUCGGUAGUAAAAGCAUGGAGAAGUCGGUCCUAUGCUUUAUCAGAUCCUUUAUCAUUUUGGGUUGAUAUUCAUCAAUGGCGUAUUCACCAUUACAAUACAGCCAUCAAACUUCUACAACAAAUGGAAGGGAACCAAUCGAGUCAGUUUCAACAGGGUUUACUUCCUUUCUAUUCAGCAGCAAAUUCGCAAAUAAUGAUAGCUCGUACCGCUCGGAAAGCUGGACUCAUAGAUAUUGCUAUUGAUAAAUUAAGCAGGAUACAUACUCUACCAGCUUUACCAGCAAUGGACGCAUAUUUUUCGGUGAGAGAGUUUUUGAAGUGUUUGAUGCACCGGGCUUCCAUGCCUAAUUUGACAGAAGAACAAAGAGAAAAUGCAUUAAUGGAAGCAUUCUCGGUUGUUCAAAGAACGACCAUUAAUACUUUCACCAAAGAAAAUAUUGCCAAAAUUUAUUGCUUGCGUGGAAGGAUCUUGACGAAACUCAAGAAAUAUGAAGACGCAAAUCGUUCAUAUAAAACCGCAGCUUUACUGCACGAAAAUGUUGCUGGUGGAAAUUCUGUAUGGUUGCACUGGGCUGACUUCCUUGAAAGCCGAUUGGACGCUGAAAACACGGAAGAAGCCGCACUGAAUGUAGGAAUGGAAGCGUUAGUUGGAAUAAUGGAAGGUGCUAGAAUGGAAAAUGAAUUGAGAGCACGGAAAUAUGUUGCACGACUUUUGUGGCUUAUGAAAAAAUUAUUGGUUUAUGGGAGCGUAGUUGAAAAGGAAGUAGACGCAAAGUUGGAAAAGCAUGGCACUGGUAUAUCGGCAAACAAUUGGCUACCCUGGUUACCGCAGUUGGUUGCUGAAUUACAAGUACGUCCAUCCUUAGCCAUAGCGCGUAUCAUCUCACAUGUUGGGGAGUCAAGCGAACAACAAGUUUUCUAUGCUAUUGCUGCUUCGCAGCCGCUUGACUUUAUUCUCGAAAAUGUUUCCACAGCUCUUGACCCGUUGAAGAAUGACCAAAGUAAUCCUGUCACUUCGCAAGAAUUGUUCCGUGAUAUAAUUAGAAAGUUGUGUCAGAGUCGACCUGUCGAAAUAUCAUCUCUUUGUCGCGUGUUGUUCGAACUAAAUAGCGUGAAAGAGGAUUGGUUGGAGCGCACAUUGUAUAAAGUGAACCAGCUAAAGGACCGAUUGUUUGUAUUUGCUUAUAAGAAUCUCGAUUCUUUAACAUCUCUUUUGAUCACCGAAGAUUUUCUUAUGGAAAUCAAAAAUUGGCGAUGUUCGUUAAAUGACUUCACUGGAUUGAAAGAAAUCAGUGAGGACAUAAAAAAAUGUGCGCAAGACAUCGAAUCUGAUUUUGAUAUCCAAAAAGGGAAAAAUGAUAAGAUGACAGAUUUAUUAAAAAUUGUUGUGAAAUGGUCGUCAUUGCUGGCUGCAAAAUUCGAUAAAUUGCCGAGUAAAAAGUUGGUACGAAAUGUCAGUCAAGUUUUGGCAUCUUAUUCAUCUAAAGUUGCAAAUAUUGAAAUUUUCAGUGGGCACUAUGUGGCAAAGAGCAAAGAAUUUUCUUCAAUUAUUUACCGCUUUAUGCCCUAUUAUUUUGUAAUACGAAGAGCUGAUGUCAUUACACGUCGCAUUUCUGUCCGUGCACUUAGUGGAAGAGUCUACUGCUAUUAUUUAACUAAACAUCAUGAUGUAAGCAAGGAUGUUUCUGGAAUACAUCAGCUUUUUGCUUUAAUUAACCAUUUUCUUACGAAGGAAAAGGAAACAUGUCGACGAUUCCUACAAAUAGCUGUACCUCAUUUCGCAUAUAUCGGUAGCGUGUCAUUGUUAGAAUGCAAUAAUAAAAUGAAUUCUCUUUACACAUUUGAAGAAAUUUUAAAUGCGAUUUUAAAAAAUAAAACCGAUGUAUCUUCUUCUGCGAAACUUAUCGAGAGAUUUUAUGACCGUAUUGCAAAAUCCGCUGAUAUAACUAACCAGCUGUUGCUUGAUGAGUUUCAUCAUAUGACUUCGGAAAAUAUAUUACCUACUGAUUCACUUUUGAAAUGGAUCAUCCCUCGUUAUGAGGACCCUACGCACUACUAUACUCUUCGAAAACAGGUCGCAUUAAACAUGUCCGUGCUUUCCAUUUGUGAGUAUAUUCUUCAUCUUAAUUCGACAACAAUGACUGGCCUUUGUUUGAAUAUGAGGACGGGACAAACAAUGAAUAUUGAUUAUCUCUUUGGGUUAAAGCCUCAAACUUUGGAACUUGAAGUUGAUCGAGUAGUACCGUAUCGAAUGUCGCCAAAUUUGCAUAAGUUUCUGGGGUUCUCUGUCGAAGGUCACUACAACUGUUCAAUAGUCGCAACAAUUCGAUGUUUACACGCACGGAAGAUUGUCACCUACGCUCAACUUUUUCUGUGGGAUACACUCUCACGACAGAGAAAGCUACCUGUGGCGGAAAUUUUCAAGUUAGCACGAAAUGCUGGAAAAUUAUUAGAAAACAGAUUGAAUGAUAUGUAUAAAACAGAAAGCUUGGCUGAAUAUGUUUCUCAGCUAACGGAAAUGGCUCGUAAAGACGAAAAUUUAGCACGCUUGGAUCCACGCUUGCAUCCUUGGUUUUGA